UAUUCUUUUCCUAAGCAAUUGCUUCCUUUUUAAAAACAAUUGCCCUUUUUAAAUUCAUAUGGCAUCUUCUUCCCAUUAUCAUUACCACAAUCAUGGUGAUGAUGAUGAAUUAGAUUCCCCAUUUGAAGAAUGGUUUAAAAAAAUCCUAUUCCAGAACCAAAAGAGAGAAAAAACGUAUUUUUAUCGAGAGAAUGCGGGAAGAAGGCCACAAUAAAUUGUGGAAUGAUUAUUUUAGUGAAAAUCCAACAUACGGAGACAAUUUAUUUAGGCGACGGUUUCGAAUGAACAAACCAUUGUUCUUAUGUAUUGUGCAUCGUCUCUCUACAGAAGUCAAGUAUUUUCAACCAACAGAAGAUGCCGUCGGCCGGACCGGUCUAUCUCCGCUCCAAAAAUGUACUGCAGCAAUUCGUCAAUUGGCAUAUGGUAGUGGAGCUGAUAUAGUUGACGAAUAUUGCCGACUUGCUGAGACUACUGCUCGCAAAUGUCUCCACCAGUUUACUGUCGGGAUAAUCCACUUGUUUGGCGAUCAAUAUCUAAGACGUCCCACACCAGAGGAUCUUGAAAGACUACUCCAUGUCGGAGAAGAACGAGGAUUUCCGGGGAUGGUUGGAAGCAUCGACUGCAUGCAUUGGGAGUGGAAGAAUUGCCCCGGUGCUUGGAAAGGAAUGUAUUCACGAGGAACCGAAAAACCAACAAUUGUGCUGGAGGCCGUUGCUUCAUAUGAUCUCUGGAUAUGGCACGCUUUUUUUGGAGCACCAGAUGGUAUUUAUCCGAAAUGGACUACUUUAUUUCAAUCUGUCCGACUACCACAGGGUCCGAAAAAAGGCUAUAUGCCAAAAAACAAGAAUCUGUGCGAAAAGAUGUUGAGCGUGCCUUUGGCGUCCUGCAAGCUAGAUUCGCCGUUGUUAAGAAUCCUUCUAAAUUAUGUGAUAAAGAAAAAUAGGAAAUAUUAUGAAAGCAUGCAUCAUACUCCACAAUAUAAUUGUCGAAAAUGAACGAGGUUCAUACACUCUGCGUAACAUUUCUGAAUUUAAUCAAGGUGUGGAGCGUUCAUAUUCCGUCGGACCAGCUUCAAAUCUCGGCAAUACAAACAGUUGUCAAACAGAAAUGAAGGACAAACAAACCCAUUAACGAUUAAAAAAUGAUUUGAUUGAAAAUAUAUGGGCUAAAAUUUGGACAUCUUGAAAAUAACAUAUAAUCUGAUGUUUGUAUCUUUUUUUUAAUGUCUUCAAUGUUUUUAUUUUCUUUUUAAUGUUAUAAUUUCAAGUUUUUGUAAUUUAUUUUAAUUUAAAUGUUAUCAUUUCUAGUUUUUUAA